UGUAUCUGUAUCUAAUUCAGAUAGGGGGCAAAAUCUCCACACUUCUUUGAUCUACUUCUAAUCCGAAGACAACAAUUUUUUAUUCAAACCCACAAAAUUAUUAUCCACCUUGGGCUCAUUUGUACACACUUUACCAAUAUAGUGUAAAUUUGACGAGGAAAGGCAGAGGGAGUUGGAUGAGUCUAGAGAAGGAAGAAGGCGCCGCCACACGGCGGCGAUUAUCGUGCACCAAAUACUUCGAUGCCCUCUGGUUUUGCUAUUCCCCAGUCCAUCAGAUGCAGCAAUACUAUCGGCUUGGCGAUCUCGACAAUUGUUCUGGAAAGUGGACCGCUCUUGUUGAUUGUUUGAGUCUCAAAACGAAAAGAUCUUCUGAAUUAGAGACCCCAAAAGUCAUAUGUUGUUCUGUUCGACUGCAUCUGAUAUUCAUGCUAUUGGAGAGGCCUAAAAUGUUUGUAACUAUUAUCUUUACUCUGCUCUCAGAUCUUUCUUCUUGUUUUGAAAUUAUAGAGACUCGGGAGAAAGCCAAGUCUCAUAUAUGGUCUUUUCGGUCCCCAGAAGAAGCAGCAUCUCAUUGGAAAGAGCUCUUUGGAAAAUUAGAUGGGCAGGAAUGAGAACUUUUGAAGCAAGAAAUUGAUAAUUGAUCCUUCCCCGUGUUCAUUCCAUUUGCAUUUUACUUUUAUAGCAAGAAAUUGAUCUAGGAAACGAUUUUUUACUCGUGUAGAAGAAGAAAUGUGGGUUUUGAAUCAAGAAACAGGUGAAACAGACACUGGUUCCUAUAUUUUUCUUGCGCUAGAUAACUUUCGCUUGGAUAGUGGAUUUUUUCUCAUUCA